CAACACCCAAAGCACUAACCUUGCCGGUGAGCUCUCUCAGAGAAACGAAAGCGAGAAUGAUGAGAAGAAGCAACGUCAAGCCUCCAACUCUCGCAGACCGAGAGCGGACACCUUCGCUCCACUGUCUCCUCGGCAAAGAGCAUUAACGCUCAUAAAGACACCCUCACCUUAAUAUUUCAUCAGGCUUGUUGAUUUCCCCUUGCCUGGGAGUUACAAGACCUUCCUUAUCUAUAAUGAGAGCCAGAAAUAGUAGCUGACACACUCACAGGUGUCGUAUUCGAGCAAUUAUGAUCUGCCUCUCGUGCCCGAUGAGUCAUGGGACGCCCUUCUCGUGCUCAGCUUCGCCAGCUCGAGACUCUCUUUAUCCCUCCUUCACCUCCUUCUAUACCAGAAAAGACAUCGAUUCUCAACCCCAGAGACCAUGUCACUCGCUCAGGACGGCGGGAUAGCUCUACAUGUCAGUCAAGAACGGGCAAUCGCCCACAGCAAAGCCCAAGCCGUUUCUCUUCGGCCAGCAGCUAUCGACGUUCUCUCGGAGAUUUUCUGCAUGGCUAACAUACCCGAGUCGUCUCUCGACCUUGUGCGCAGCGCCAUUAGGCGACACGCUCAAGUGGCAUUGCACUUCCACCCUGAUCGCCCCGUCGGCAGUCGUCUCGUCGCUCGGGGCCUCUUGGAGGACGGGAUCUACCGAAGUCAAUUUGAGACAGGCAUUUCGAACGGCAGCGUCUCCGCCCAUUCAGGUGGAUUCCGAGACCUGUGGGAGCGCUCUCUGUUCCAGGGGGCAUAUCACUCUGACGACGUCUCGCCCUCUCACCGGCCGAAGUAUGGCGCUCUUAACGUCAUGCGCAACUCAGAAGGCCCUGCUCCUCGCUUUGGAUCCUGCUAUUUGGUGCUCAAGCCUGAGGUCUCGGCGCGAUCGACAUUCACGUUUGGUGGGUCCCAGGCAGAACCAAAGUACCGUGGUACACUGGAUGAGUUUGACGCAGUCCUGUCAGCAUUGUUCGAGGAAUCUUUCACACGGGACUUUGCAUUGGGCGUCAGUGGCAUCCGACCACCGCAGCUGAUGGCACGUAUUCUAGAUCUCCAGGAGCCGCUCACGAACGUCUCGAGUGGCGCUCAGUGCCAUAAUCUCGACCACUUCAUCGAGGCUCAAGUCCAUGGCGACGUCCGCCUUGACCGAGACGUUGAAGCUCUGGUUGUUGAUCCCUCGUUCCAAGGCAGUGACGUCUGGCAGGACCUAGAGGGCAUGGCUGCAAAGUACCGGUUUCCCUUGCAUUCGCAUCAUGGGUUUUCCGUGAGGGUGGAGGAUGUACCAGUUGACCUUAGAGGGCCUUCUAUGCCGUCGCUGGCGGCGGCAAUAGCCAAAAAAGGCCAGCUCGAUGCAGAGGUGAUUGGCAGGGCUGUGAGAGGCUUGGUCACACAUCCCGAAUCAUGGUCAAGCAGGGGCACGCACGCCCAAGUCUUGCAAGAAAUGAAACUCAUCUGGCACGUGUUAGUGCGGGUCGGACGCCCGUAUGGCAGAAUCAUCGAUGCUGCAACUGCAGAAAUCAAGUAGGCAACCCAGUUGCAUCGGCAUUCUCACGGUCCCUUGGACGGUGGUGAACAUUCGAUUACUAGCAACGGUGGACUCGGUGGUUAAGCAUGUCAAGUUUAGCGGAGUGAGCUUCCCGUCUAGCUGCGGCCCUACCAUACAUCCUGACCACGUGCAUUGAUAUCCU